CUCACGUGACCUCUCCACCGGACGGAAGUGUCGUACCCGGAAGCGGAAGGCGGUGGCCACCGGUGGCGGCGGCGCGGCGCGGGGUUCCCAUGGGGCCCUGGGCCGCCCCCCCCCGGCUGCUGCCCCGGACCGGGCCCGGGCUCUGCACACGGGCCGGGCCGCGGGACCCGUACUCGGUGCUGGGGGUCCGGCCCGAGGCGUCACCGGCAGAGAUCAGGGCAGCGUUCCUGGAGCGCUGCAAGGAGGUGCACCCGGACGGGGACCCCUCGGACCCCUCCCGCCACGAGCGGUUCCUGCUGCUGGCAGAGGCCUAUGGAGCCCUGACCCGGCCCCGUGCCCCCCCCGAGGCCCCCCCUGGAGCCCCCCCUGGAGCCCCCCCCCGGCCCAAGGCAGGAGCAAAAGGAGCCGGAGCCCCCCCCCACUCCAAGCCCCCCCCACGGACUGACCCCAACCGCCGGUACUGGGAGCAGUUCUGCCCCCCCCGGAGACCCCGUGGCCCCCCCUGGCGCGUGCUGGGGCUCUGCCUGCUGGUGGCAACAGUGGGGGGGCUGGCCCAUGCACUGGCCUACAGGUACGUAACAGGGGCUCACACGGCCUUCCUGAACGAGAGGGACCGAGUCCUCACUGCAGUCUAUGAGCAAGCCCGGAGCCGGGCCGGGUCACACGAGGAGGUGCUGCGGCGGCUGCGGGCUUCGCGCCAAAGGGGGCGGGGCGAGGUCUAAACCCCGCCCUCCACCCGCCAAACCCCGCCCCUUUCUCCCUC